UUCCCGAUGUCGAAGAAGAAGAACGCUGGAUCGACGAUGACCCUCAAGGAUUUCCAUGGCGGAUCGAUCCCCUCCGACCUCCCUCUGCCCUCGGCUCCCGGCGUCUCGGUGAGGCCUGCGGAGAGAAACGGUGGCUGGGGAGGAGCGGUGAGACCGGAGUACCACCGUCAGCGGCCGGGAUCAGCCGGAGGCGUUGGGGCUGCGGCGGUGGCACGCGGGAUCGAUGAUCGCGGCCCGUUCAUUUCCCAUCCUUCCCACAUCGGGCGCCACUUCGAUGAGGACGAGCGCAAGCCCUUCGAGGCCAACGCUGUUCCUCGGCGCCCUGCUGCUGAUGCCGUUUCCCUCCGAUCCGAGCAAAUCCGCCCUGUUUCCCACUUCCACCAAAGCGUCCCCGUUUCUCAUCCUUCUCAGAACGCUAUCGCUCCUCACAUCCCCUCUUCUGGUUCGGCUAUGAAUGCUUGGGGUUUGAAGAAGGAGACGGGCGUGGAUCAAACGGUUGGAAUCCACUCGACUGCUGCGGUCGCUGCGUCUAGAUUCGCGCAGGCGAGUGCGAUCGAGAAGAUCUCUUCUGGCCGGUGGCAGUCAAAGCCGCCUGAUGUGGAGGUCAUUCAAGUCCAGGAAACUGACGCUCUCGAACGGAGAUUCGGAGAGAGUGUUCGAGUAGCUGAUGUUGGGGAGAAGGACAAGGAGAAGGAGAAGGAGAAGGAGAUGAAUACUAUGGUAGAAUUUGGGGCUAGAGAGCAUGAGAAAGCCAGAUCUUUAGCAUUCGCAGAGAUCUCAGGUCCCAACAGUGGUGGAAGUCGGCCGAGAUCUAACGAGGGAAGAUUCGGUGUGCCACAGGGCCUUCAGGAGGUGCCUGAGCGUCCAAAGCUGAAGCUCCUACCGAGAACGAAGCCAAUGGAACCCUCCGAGGCUCGAGUUCUGGAAGACAAGCAGUUUGCCAAGGUGCAGAGCUAUCAGCCAGCAGUGGAAGCUGGACAUACUGCAAAUGCUUAUGGAAUCCAUGGAAGCAUGAAUCAGCCCAAACCAGGCUCCGCAGGGUCUGAUGGGGGGAGCCAGCCAGUUGAACGACCAAGAUUGAAUCUGAAGCCACGAUCACAACCUCUUGAGCAGUCAGCUGAAAGCAUUGAAUGGGACAGGAAAUCUGUAUUUGGUGGUGCUCGCCCACGAGAACUUGUUCUAAAGGAACGAGGAAUAGAUACUGUGGCUGUAGACAAUCAGGAUCUGCUUCCAGUUAGCAAUAGGCCUAAGCAAGACUCUCCAAAGUCUGGAUUAAAGCUGGAAUCUGCCACCCCGACUUCACGUGUAGCUGAGAAGGCUGAUACUCUCCACCAUGAUGCUAGGAGUGGAAAAUCACUCGAAAGGAAAGAUUAUCGUGCCAACAUUGAUAAAGCUGAAGUGCAUAGGAAUUCUUUGAAGAACGACAACUGGAGGAACACCAAGGAGACUGAGAAACCACGGGAACAACCUCGCCAGGAGCCUGAAACUUGGCGCAAGCCUGUUGAGGAGCCAAAACCUGAAGUCCCUGGGCAGCGAUUUGGAAAGGUAGCCUCUGCAUUGGAGCUAGCUCAAGCAUUUUCAAGAUCUGUUUCUGAUGCCAAACUUGAUAACCGCAUUGGCAAUCAGAGAAGCCAGCCUGGGAGGACUCAGGUGCCAUUUUCCAGGCUGACAGAUGCCCGGGAAUUCUAUUCAGGGCAGGCAAAAAGGCAAAUCAAUGGCUAUUGAACAUUCACAAUAGCAGUAUUGGUUGAUGAAUUGCUCUUCUUGCAGAAGAAUUUGCUUUCAUCACUUUGAUGGUUCACCUCUAACCUCUUAUUAGUGUUGUCUUCUGUUUCUGUUGUCCUUGAAAAAUUCUACUGCCAGCUCAGUUGGAAUGUCUUCAAAAGGCAGAGAUUAUGGAGCUCAUGUUUACAUGAAAGAAAUAACUGUUAUUCUUUAAGUUCCUCAAAUUCUCAAAUUGUGGUUGUUGACUUGUUGUGGCGGUGGUAGUAAACCCUUAAAUAUUUAGUUUCUCAGUUUUGGUUUUCCAAAUAAAUUGGUUAUUAGCUUA